AAUAUGGUUAAUGAGUCUUCUGUGCUAGGGUGACAGCUCUGUGAGAUGGGAGCAGUGUCUGCCUUGCCCACCCCUUCUCUCCAGGACCUUCCACUGCAGGCAUUUGAUGACCAGCUGAUGCCUGAUCGUGUGGUAUUUUGUUUCACAGGAAUAGACAAUCUACAGAUAACAGUCAGCCCAACCCCGGAGUCAUUUCCUCAUGGGAAAGUGUUACCGAUUGCACCAACAUGGCCUUUCUCCGAAGUCCAGUCUUCCUCGGCAGUGGCCAGAAUCCAGAAUGUGCUGGGACCGUCCCCUGACAACACGAGCGUGCUGCAGUUCCCCCGAACACCUCCUCCCAAGACACACCGCAGAGCUAGGGCUCACGGGGACUUCUCUUCCUCCCCUUACCAAGGAAGUGGCCAUAGCACCUCCCUCGAGCCUUCCAAGGAUUCCACGGAGUCUGUGGUCCAGCCGAGACCUCAAGGGGGAAAAGACACAACCUCCGUGUCAGGUUUGCCUCACACCAGCAUGCUCCCCUCAUUGUCCAUGACCCCAUCUCAGCCAGUAUGGGUAGGGACUCCUUCCAUUUCAACACAACAUUCCCCAAGAUCAGACAUGCUCCCAUUUUUCCCUCCACCUUCAUCCUCUUCAUUGCCUCCUGACUCACCUCAUUCCAUCAUCUUUUCUAAACCAGCCGAACGACCCACCCAAGUGCCUUUCUUCCCCCAAACAGCUCCACCUGUCUCCUCGUCAAGUCAGAGCAUAGCUAAUUCCCCAAGCCCAUUUGCUGGUGAAAUGAACCACACUCGGUCCAAAAAUGCCCAGGAUUUGAUAGGCAUCCCUCAUCUAGGUUUUUCUGGAUCCUCAGCAGUGCAGCGGCCCGAGCUGCGCCCCACAGCCAGUCCUCACUCUGCGGGCUCCCCCACACCUGAGUUUUUGAGCUCCGUGGCAGAACUGGCCCCUCUGCCUCCCCCUGCCCUGGUGCCUGGAAGUCUUCCUUGGCUUCCAGAUGGACCUCCCUCAUGGUCAGUGUAGGAAGUGGCUUCCAGUCCCACAUCCACCCACCCCGUCGAAGCUGGGCUGGCUGAAGGAGUGCACAGUGGGGUGUCUUUGCCUACUGCUAAGAGUGCAGCCGCGGCAGCAGGGACCCAGGAGGCUGUGUCUUCACUUUUCCAGACUGCAGAAUCAGUGGCAGUGGAAACGACCAGCAGAAAGCUAGCCCCUGCUACCGCAAAUGACUCCACUCACCCACGGCAUUUGUCAGCAGCUCCAGAGAAUUCCGAAGGGCCCAUCCUUUCGGCAGAACACACGGCUUCUUCGUUGGUGCCUUCUCCUCUGCCUCUCCCCACUGCCAGCAGAGGGCAAGCCGUCCUUCCUGGGGCAUGGAAAAGCACAGCAGCAGCCUUUCCCUCAGCUCCCACUUUCCCCCAGCUGCUACAGAUUCAUGCCUCCCCAUCCACGGCGCCCCAAAUGCCAACUCCUCAAGAGGAGGGCACCGACGGAGCCCCUCCUGCCGUGGCUACAGACCUCCCCCUCUCAAGCAAAUCCCCCGAUCUUCUUUCCACGACUUGGGUCUUUCCCCUGUGGGAAGAAAAGAGCGUGAAAACUGUUUUAAAGAAAAACGAAAAGGCAAAUUUGACAGUUGCUCUCCAGACCCUUCCAAGUAAAGAGAUUCCAAAUCUUCACACUGUAAAUGGGUUCACCUCUGAUUCCAGCACUGAUCAUAUUUCAUCUUUUUUCAUUACAACACUAAGAACAAACCUCCCUACAGAAUUAGCUCUCCCUUCCAUGCCCUCCACGAGCACCCAGACUAUUUCCCCAUCCCCCAGCUCGUCCAACAUCAACCCAGAGGCUCAUGCAGCUGUGGUAGACCACUCUGAGUCGCCAGUCUCAACUUCCCAGCAGGUGACAGCAUUUCCCUCCUCCGCUGAGGUCUAUGAUUUCUCAACAAUGAGACAUGUGAAAAAGCCAGCAACCACAGAUGUUUUCUGGAGUUCUCUUCCCACAGAAACUGGAUCCCUCUCCAUAGAGCCAAUGAUAUCUGGCUUGCUGCAGCAAACAAAUUAUGAUUUAAAUGGGCACACAAUUAACUCCAGCAGUUGGGAAACUCAUUCAGCUUCAACUCCUCCUCCCAGUGGUUCAACUUGAGCUGCCAGUACAAUAAAAUCUUCAGAUUUCAGAGCUACUGCUGGGCAUUUAGUGACUGCAGAAGGCUUUAACAUUCAGCUUCCAGUCCUUCGUACAAGCCCCAGCCAGCCCAUUCAACAGUCAGAGGUUACCAUGGUUGGAAACCAUACAGACUUCGUGUCCAUAACUGGUAACCAUUCCAGAGACUUCCAAACAGCUGCGGUUGGAGAGUACCCAUCUGCAAGCCAACAUGCUGCAUCUUGUCCCCACCUGCAGCUGCCUGUGCAUCCAACACGUGCUCUUUCUCCAGCUUCUCCAAGGCUGACUUCCACAGCCAGCUUGCACGAAGUGCUUUCAGAUGGGAGGGAUACGAGUCUCUCCAUUUCCAGUGACAUCUCUCCAUCUCCUGUGAUAAGCGCUUCUCCACCAUUCCAGAGUCUCUUGAGAUAUCACACUAUGGCUGAAUCUCCUCCUCUAUCAACCAGGGCCGGAUUCAGGACCCUGUCCAAAGUGCGGCUGGCUUCUCAGGGCCCCGACAAAUGGACAGCCACUCAUACAGUGUCGUCCAGGGCGGAACCGACAGCAGCAACAGCAGUAGCCACGUCGUCCCUGGGGAAAUCAAGUCCACAGGCGCUGUCUGCAGCCCUGGUCGCCAAGGGCCCCGGCAGCAGCCCGGCAGCCAUGGCCUCGGGAUUAGUCAAGAGCAGUUGGACCACUGCCCUAGCUAAAAAUGCCACAAACAGCGCAGCGCCUGGCCCAAAGACGACAGCGGGGGCGGUGCAUCCGGCCUUCUCAUUCACACCAACCUACAUGUUUGCAAGAACAGCACACACCGUGAGUGCUCAUACAGCCAUGCAAGGCAACCCAGGCACUGCCUUGGGCCUGCUGUCCACAACACACCUCCCCAGGAAACCGCAAGCCAUGCACACGGGCCUCCCAAAGCCCACCAACCCGGACAUGCCCAGGGCAUCCACCGCACGCCCGCUGACCAGCACAGCAGCCUUGACGUCCGUCACCGCCCCAGUGAGGGCCACCCGCAUGCCACCUGCACUAGCAGGAAAUACAGACGCCGCUCUUCCCGCUGCGUCGACUGCCGGGGUCACCACCGGCAAAAUGGCAUCCAACCUGGAGUGUCAGAUGUCCAGUAAGCUCCUGGUGAAGACAGUUCUCUUUCUGACCCAGAGGAGAGCACAGAUCGGUGAAACCUUGAAGUUCAGUGUAGCCAAAGGGCUCACGCAGGCAUUACGGAAGGCUUUCCAUCAGAACGACGUCUCAGCUCACGUGGACAUUCUGGAACAUUCUCAUAACGUCACUGUUGGUUAUUAUGCUACCAAAGGGAGGCUGGUGUACUUGCCUGCUGUAGUGAUCGAAAUGCUGGGUGUUUAUGGGGUCAGCAACGUCACUGCAGAUCUGAAGCAACAUACCCCAAACUUGCAGUCGGUGGCAGUCCUUGCCUCCCCGUGGAACCCCCAGCCUGCAGGCUACUUCCAGCUGAGAACAGUGCUGCAGUUUGUGAGCCAAUCCGACAACAUCCAGUCCUGCAAGUUUGCUCAGACGAUGGAACAGAGACUGCAGAAGGCCUUCCAGGAUGCUGAGAGGAAAGUCCUGAAUACCAAAAGCAACCUGACAAUUCAGAUUGUGAGCACAUCCAAUGCCUCCCAGACAGUCACCUUGGUGUACGUGGUGGGCAAUCGGAGCUCCUUCCUCAACGGCACGGUCGCCAGCAGCCUCCUCCGCCAGCUGUCGGCUGAGCUGGUUGGGUUCUACCUCACCUACCCGCCGCUCACCAUCGCCGAACCGCUGGAAUAUCCCAACCUUGAUAUAUCAGAAACAACUAGAGACUAUUGGGUAAUUACAGUGCUCCAGGGCGUGGACAAUUCGCUGGUGGGCCUGCACAACCAGAGCUUCGCCCGGGUCAUGGAGCAGCGCUUGGCCCAGCUCUUCAUGAUGUCCCAGCAACAAGGCCGGCGGUUUAAACGGGCCACCACCCUGGGAAGCUACACUGUGCAGAUGGUAAAGAUGCAGCGGGUACCGGGACCCAAGGACCCAGCGGAGCUGACUUACUACACCCUGUACAACGGGAAGCCUUUGCUGGGGACUGCAGCUGCCAAGAUCCUGAGCACCAUUGACUCCCAAAGGAUGGCCUUGACCCUGCAUCAUGUUGUCCUUCUGCAAGCUGACCCUGUGGUGAAGAAUCCACCCAACAACCUGUGGAUCAUCGCCGCAGUGCUGGCGCCCAUCGCCGUGGUCACGGUCAUCAUCAUCAUCAUCACUGCCGUGCUCUGCCGGAAGAACAAGAACGACUUCAAGCCAGACACCAUGAUGAACCUGCCUCAGAGAGCAAAGCCUGUGCAAGGCUUUGAUUAUGCCAAGCAGCACCUGGGCCAGCAAGGGGCAGAUGAGGAGGUCGUCCCUGUGACUCAGGAAACAGUGGUCCUCCCACUCCCUGUUAGAGAUGUUCCUGCCUCUCAGGAAAGAGACAUCACCCAGGACGGAAGCACCAUCAAGACAGCCAAGUCCACCGAAACCAGAAAGAGCAGGUCGCCCAGCGAGAAUGGCUCUGUCAUCAGCAACGAAUCAGGGAAGCCCAGCUCAGGGAGGCGCUCGCCCCAGAAUGUCAUGGCACAGCAGAAAGUGACAAAGGAGGAGGCACGGAAGAGAAAUGUGCCGGCAAGUGAUGAAGAGGAAGGAGCGGUGCUUUUUGACAACUCUGGCAAGGCGGCUGCCGAUCCCUUCGACACAUCUUCUGGAUCUGUACAGCUCAUUGCAGUAAAACCCACAGCCCUCCCUGUGGUGCAUCCCACAUCGGACAGGAGCCAGGAGUCGGCAGCCCUCAACGGUGAGGUGAACAAAGCCCUGAAGCAGAAGUCAGACAUCGAGCACUAUCGGAACAAGCUGCGCCUCAAAGCCAAGAGGAAGGGAUAUUACGACUUCCCCCCGGUGGAGACGAGCAAGGCUCAGACAGAAAGGAAAAAGAUGUACGAGAAGACCCAAAAGGAAAUCGAGCACGUUUUGGAUCCAGACCCAGAACUGUGUGCCCCAUUUGCUGAGUCUAAAAACAGGCAACAGAUGAAGAACUCUGUCUACCGAAGCCGGCAGUCUCUGAACAGCCCGAGUCCAGGGGAAACAGAGAUGGACCUUCUGGUGACUCGGGAGCGACCCCGGCGUGGGAUCCGCAACAGCGGAUAUGAUACGGAGCCUGAGAUCAUAGAAGAAACCAACAUUGACAGAGUGAAUGAGCCCCGGGGCUACGGCAGGUCAAGGCAGGUGAAGGGCCACUCGGAGACGUCCACGCUGAGCUCCCAGCCCUCCAUCGACGAGGUCCGGCAGCAGAUGCACAUGCUGCUGGAGGAGGCCUUCAGCCUGGCGUCCGCGGGCCACGCAGGCCAGGGCCGGCACCAGGAAGCCUAUGGCUCAGCACAACACCUGCCCUACUCGGAGGUGGUGACCAGCGCUCCGGGGACCAUGACACGGCCCAGGGCAGGAGUGCAGUGGGUGCCCACCUAUCGCCCAGAAAUGUACCAGUACAGUCUGCCUCGGCCGGCAUACAGGUUUUCCCAGCUUCCUGAAAUGGUCAUGGGCUCUCCCCCUCCACCUGUACCUCCCCGGACUGGCCCCGUGGCUGUUACUUCUCUCAGGCGGUCCACCUCGGACGUGGGCAGCAAGACCAGGAUGGCCGAGUCCGCGGGGCCCGAUCCCGCCCAGCUGCACGACAGUGCCUCCUUCGCGCAGGUGUCCCGAGGCCCCGUGUCCGUGGCGCAGUUGGAUCAGUCGGCUUUAAAUUACUCAGGUAAUACGGUGCCGGCAGUGUUUGCCAUCCCAGCUGCCAACAGACCUGGCUUUACCGGCUACUUCAUCCCAACGCCUCCCUCGUCCUACAGGAACCAGGCCUGGAUGUCCUAUGCAGGAGAGAAUGAGCUCCCAAGCCAGUGGGCCGAUUCGGUCCCCCUCCCAGGGUACAUCGAGGCUUACCCCCGGUCGCGUUACCAGCAGAACUCUCCCUCCAGACUCCCUCGCCAGUACAGCCAGCCUGCAGGUAUGCACCCCAGCCUGGAGCAGGCCCCGGGGCCGUCUGCCGCGGCCUCGCAGCAGAGCCUGGCCGAGAACGACCCGUCUGACGCGCCCCUGACCAACAUCUCCACCGCGGCCCUCGUGAAGGCCAUCCGGGAGGAGGUGGCCAAGCUGGCCAAGAAACAGACAGACAUGUUUGAGUUCCAGGUCUAAUACCUCAGCCCCAUGGAACUUACAGACUCCGAGGGAACAGUCUUCCGGUGUCUCAGCCUGACCUGCUGGGACUUGAGGCACAGACCACGUGGGAGUCUUUCUUACCCUCUGAACAGGUGAACAGUGGGGCUUCUGGGCAACAGAGGAGACUCUCGGCCAGCCGAAUUCUUGGCUUCUUCAGCUGAUUGUACGUCAAGAAGUCCCCACGUGGGACCUUAUGUCUGAUAUUCUGUGAAGUUAAAUGUUUGAACUGUGGGUGUAUUUCCCUAUGGAGCCUUAGUCGCAAGAGACACUAAUUGAUCUGCAGAUCCCUGUCCAAUGCCACAUUUUACUAAGUCACCAGAAGGGGGAGAACAUAGCUCUGUCUUCGGUGAGUUCUGCAUGUUAACUCUGUUUCUGUGUUAAAGGCGACGCAGGCAUCUGACUAAGCACCAGACCGCACCCUCUCUCGUUCAGCCGUGACUGUAACCAUUACCUCCUUUGGUCUGCAAAGGAGGCACUGACUCCGGCCAAGAAACUCGAGUCCUUUUCUUUUACAGGUUCAGGUUUGAAGUCAGAUGAAUUGGAUGAAAAUCAGUACUGUCUAUGACUACACCUAUAAAUAGUCCUGGCUCUUUUUUUCCCUCCCGUUCAUUAAACAAAGGCCAAGGAAGAGAGGAGGUUGAGGGGGAAUGGUGGGUUUGGGUUGACAGGUUUUUUGAAAAGGUGUUGUCGUUUUGGAACUGGAGUACCCUGCAAGGUCGUAUCUAACUGAAAGGGAAUCGGUGCUAAGAGCUUUUAGGAUCCUACAGAAGAAAAA